GCACCUUGUUUGGGGCUGGGUGGUCCUGGGCACCAGGGUGUUGCAGGCAGCACUGAGGGGCCCCUCACUGCCCCCGUCAUGGCAUCUGCUCUCAUGAUCUUCUUCCUUGGCUGCUGGCUGGCCGGGCAGAGCGGGGUGUCGGGACAGAGCGGAGAGUCCGGACAGCUCCCUGCGCCCGGACCCUCCAUCUCCGUCAGCCCCAGUGGGGUGAUCGCCCUGGGGGGAGCCGUCACCAUCCGCUGUCAGUGUCGGUGCGAGGCCAGGAGGUUAUUUCUGUAUAAAGGUAGAUUCCAAAUCCAGGAGCUGGAUGCUGAUGGGGACGAGGGUGAAUUCACCAUCCCCAGCACCAAGCAGGAGGACGGAGGGGUCUACAGCUGCCGAUCUCGCUCCGGAUCGGAGCCGCCCAACUGGUCGUAUCGGAGUAACAUUGUGCGGAUCAUUGUUGCAGAGUUCAGCUACCCCAAACCCUCCAUCUCCCUGCAGCCCAGCGGGGGGGUUUUCUUGGGGGGAGCCGUGACCAUCCAGUGUUGGGGUCCGCUCCAGAACGUGAGGUUCCUUCUGUACAAAGAGGGAAACCUGAACGCGCGGCAGAACGCGGAGCUUCCUGGGGUCGAGUUUCCAAUUUGCAACGUGAGCUGGAGAGACGCUGGGAGCUACAGCUGCUCUUAUCACCACAAAUCGGACCUGUCCAUGUGGUCGCAGCCCAGCGACCUCGUGGAGCUGGUGGUAGCAGCGGGAACCGACCCUACCCAGCCAGGAGUGGAGCCGGCUCCCAGCCGCCCGGGCAGCGCGGGACCAGCAGCCCUCCUGGGGCGCCCGGAUUUCACCCACGCCAACAUCACCCGCCUGGGGCGGGGCGCUGCGGUCCUGCUUGUCCUGGGUCUGAGCCUGGCUGAAGCCUAUUACAGCUGCCCGAGAGGGGCACCCUCGGAGCCUGGAUCUGGCCGUACAGAGAAGAGAAUCUCUCCGGGGGAUGAGCUGCUCCACCUUGGGGGACUGAGAUUCCAGCACAAACCCCCUGCCCCCAAACCCCUCUGCCUUGAGAAUCAUUCCCCACAGAGUGCUUCUGUCAUAAAUAUCAAGGGAAGGGUAACCACCUUUCUGUACACAGUGCUAUAAAAUCCCUCCUGGCCAGAGGCAAAACCCUUUCACCUGUAAAGGGUUAAGAAGCUCAGGUAACCU